UCGUGACGUAGUUCCGGUGUAUUGUCGACUUUCGUUUCCCCUUACAAUUGUGUUUUUCAUAACUUUGUUUCCUGUGCCGCUGCAUUACGUCUCCAGGUUGUCUGUCUGGUCAAUAAGUAUUUUGUACUUACCUUUGUCAUAAACUGUGAGCGUGGGCUCUGGCUGAGAUGGAUCUAGGUAAAAUUACCUCUCUGACUCCUGCUGUAUUGAGGCUGUUAAUCAGACAGAAUGAUUCCAGAAUCACCACAACAACUGGACUGGCUAAAGGCUACCUGCAGGCUAACGUCGCCAUCUUACCCAAUCACCUGGCGAGUUACUUUGAAGCCUUCUGUCGCAGUAACCCUGCCCCGUUGCCGUUGCUUUAUUGCAGCCAAUCAGGAGAGACUUCCUGUCAGCCGCUGGCUAAAGAGGCUGACAUAAGAAAAGAUAUUCCUAAGUACUGUGUGUACGAAAAAGGACAGUUUGUAAAAACUGUGUCCAACCUUCAGACAUUUACCAGUGAACCAAGAACUGAUUCACAGCACUCUGUGCCUCUGAGCCAGCAGCUGUCAGACAUGGUGUGUUUUUAUCUGGGCUGCAGUUUUGGCUUUGAGGGCAGAUUAGAGGCUGCAGGAGUUCCUGUCAGGAAUGUGGAGCAGGGCAGGAACGUCAGCAUGUACAAGACUGCAGUUCCCUGUGUUCCUGUUGAAAUGUUCAGCUGCCCUCUAGUGGUCACCAUGAGACCUAUUCCAGCUGCUCUGCUGAAUGUAGCAGUGGAAGUGACUCACCUUAAUCCACUGGCACACGGAGCUCCUGUACACAUUGGAGAACCAGCUCUGCUAGGAAUCCCGGAUCUGUCCAGACCAGACUAUGGGGAUCCAGUGGAGCUGCAGCCUGGUGACGUCCCAGUCUUCUGGGCCUGUGGAGUGACUGCAAUCCAGGCAAUACUUAGCAGCAAGGUUCCACUGGCGUUCAGUCAUUCACCAGGAUGUAUGUUCCUGACUGAUAUCCCAGACUCCUCUACUUCCAUCAUAACCCCCACUCCCAACAGUGAUAACCCUCCAAACAACCAACUAAACCCUGAGCUGACCCCACUCAGCUUCUUGGUGUCCCACAAUCCCUUACUGUACAGCUUGGUAUCUCGGAGGGCAGUGGCAAAAAUCAGACAUUUGGAAAUGAUUAUUGGAGAGGACCCAGGUGAACGAGGGAUCAAAGCGUUAUUUACACAGGACGAACUUCUGCGCUCCUGUCUCGCUCUCUCUCACUCAGAUUCUGUUGCCAUAACCACUGGCUUCCCCACUCACUACAUGCAAAACCCACCUGAUGAGACAGAUGGCCCACCUGGAGCUAUUGCUAUGGCAACCAUGCUGUUGUCUUUAGGAAAGAAGGUUACCAUGAUAACAGACAGGAGGGCCCUGGAAAUGAACAAGGCUAUUAUUGAUAAGGCUGUGGAAACAGGGGUGCUGAAAACUGCAAUCCCAUUGGUCACUUUUGAAGACACUGGUCCAGAUGCUGCACUGAACUUCUUGUGUCACCAUGGAGAGCCAAACAAACCAAGGUUUGACCACAUUGUGGCGAUAGAGCGUAGUGGCAGGGCUGCUGAUGGAAAUUACUACAACAUGAGAGGAGUAAACAUCAAACAUUUGGUGGAUCCCAUUGAUGACCUCUUUAUUGCCGCAAAAGAUAUUCCUGGCAUUAUGACCACAGGAAUUGGUGAUGGAGGUAAUGAGUUGGGGAUGGGUAAACUAAAGGACAGGGUGAAGAGCCUGAUGCCCAACGGCAGCCUCAUUGCCUGUGAUGUUCCUGCUGCCUAUGCCAUCACUACUGGAGUGUCUAACUGGGGUGGAUAUGCUGUGGCCUGUGGGCUCUUCCUUCUAAACACCUGCCCCUCACACCAGAGGUACCUGAAGAGAGGCCUGGGCAAAGAAACCACAACAUCACAGGAACAACUGCAGGACUGGACUGACAACCUGCCGUCAGUGGAGAAGGAGGAAUCUUUCCUGUCUACACUGAUGCAGUUCGGAAUUAGAAGUGGCAAAACUGGGAACUUGGCGAUGGAGGUGGAUGGCAUGACCUUUCACCCCACACAUUCUGACAUCAUCACCAGACUAAUAAAAGAGACCAUUUAAGGAUCAAGAAAACUCUCUAUCAAUUGCAUUGAUAACUACAAUAUGAAAAUAAUAAUGACUCAUUUUUGAAUCGCUGUCGAGAUCUGUGGUGUAAUAUUGAGUAGCAAUGUCUUACUGAUGUUGAUUAAACAGUUAAAAUGUU